AUUUACUCUGUGGUCAUGUCAAUUUUGUAAUUUGUUUUUAUUAUGUACUUAACUAUCCCGACAAGAACCUGACUACAUGACUUUAGACUUAUGUUCUGUGUUAGCUUCUGCCAUCAUAGUGAUCGUGCGUAUAGUUUACGCUAUGCAUGAGAGAUGAACACAGCUUUAUCCAGGAGUAGAGUGAGCGCAGAGCAACUAGAUCUGCUGCUGACGUUUAUGGAAGAGCACCGCGAUUUUGCGGCAGGAAAGCAAUCAAUAUAUUCUCGAUUCAGUGCAAGUAAAUUGUGGCGCCUUCUUGCUGAAAGACUUAACGCUGCCGCAGCAGAUACCGGUGGAGCUCGCAAAUCACCCGAUAAGUGGUGCCGGUACUGGGCAGAUGUAAAGUACAAGGCCAGAAAGAAGUCCGCUGCUGGAGGUGCUCUAGGGGAUCUCUCCAGUGCUGAAGAGCGCUUACAGAACCUUCUUAACUGCAAAACUGAAUCGGGCAGCGCAGGUGCCGGGGUAGGCAGCGGCGGACAGUCGGACGAGGAGCGAAAGCCGACGUUGGACGACGACAUGUACUCGGAGGGGUCGGGGGCCGCCGCAGAACCGCGGCUCGCCACGGAGGAGCUGCUGGCCGAGGCCGCCAUGCGCACCGCGCUCGCUGCCGAGAAACAGGCCGAGGCCGUCGCGCAGGCCGUGGAGCUGCUGCGCGACCUCGUGUCGCUGCUGCGCGAGCGCGCGCCGCCGCCCGCCGCCGCGCCGCCGCCGCACGAGCACACGCUCGCCAUGCAGCACCACCACCACCGGCUCUAGCGCGGCGCGGCGGCGCGGCGCGGCGCGGCCCCGG